GUGCUCAGGAAUGGCCAGAAGUACUAUCAUCCCCAUCUUAGAGAUGUGGACAGGGCCGCAACAGUGUCAGGGCGUUUCCUGGCUCCUCAACAGCAGGAUCCGAAGUCGUCUGGAGGAUCUGGAGGAUGUGCCGCUCUGCUUGGGGCGGACCUCCCCUGGAGCGCACCUCCCCCUGGAGCGCGCGGGCGCGCAGGGUGCACACAGCCCUCUUGGACCCCGGGACCGGCUCAGGCUCAGGCUCGGCGUCAGCAAAGGGACCUGCGCGGCGCCCUGGGGCGGAGGAGGCCCGAAGGUCAGUGGCCAGUGCCGUGCGGCUGACGGAGGUCGGGGCGCAACGGGACCGGGAGGAGCGCCCAGGGCGGGGGUGCCAGGCCCCCUCCAACCGCGGCGGGGUUGGAGUCAAGGCGGCUCCGGGCGGGGGUCGGACCCCAAAUCCAGGCCACAGGCCGCCGCCCGGUCUUCUUCUUUACCCGAAGGGCGGCCGCGGCGGAUGGGAAGCCGUGCACGACGAGCACAAUCUCCAUGGGGAGGAGAACAGGAAUGUUCCUGUGAGCCCCGCCGCGCCCUACCGCCAGCGCAGCCCAGCAUCGCGGGUCCCCUCCUAUCCCACCGGAGAACGGGGUCCUCACUCCCAGCUUCAGCCGAGCCCUGGCCCCGCAACUGCCUGAAGGCACGCCCCCUGCACCUGCCCACCUCAGGUCCCGCCUCCAGCCCAGUGGCCAAGAUCACGGGUCUCUACAAUGACUCGGAGCCACCCCGGAAGACCAUGCACAGAGGGGUGCUGAUGACCCUGCUGCAGCAGUCGGCCAUGACCCUGCCCCUGUGGAUUGGGAAGCCUGGUGACAAGCCCCCACCCCUCUGUGGGGCCAUCCCUGCCUCAGGAGACUAUGUGGCCAGACCUGGAGACAAGGUGGCUGCCCAGGUGAAGGCCGUGGUUGGGGAUGAGCAGUGGAUCCUGGCCGAGGUGGUCAGUUACAGCCAUGCCACCAACAUGAGUGACACCAGCCCCGGGGCUGCUCUCUGCCCUUCCUGCCCACCUGCCCCACAGCCCCAGGAGGACUACUCUAUCCUGUUUGAAGACACCUCCUAUGCAGACGGCUACUCCCCUCAUCUCAGUGUGGCCCAGAGGUACCUGGUAGCUUCUAAGGAGCCCAAGAAAAAGUGACACUGCCCGGCGGACUCGAUGUCCUCCACCAUCUUGGGGCAGGACAGCAGAGGAUGUGCUUGGAUUAAACAGACAUCCCCCCUCCACACAUCUCCUGGGUUUUACUUCUCCAAACCCUUCUCCCCUCCCCAGAUAUGGUGACCUGGGGAGCUGAAGGCUGAGGGAGAGGUGACCAUAUGUGGCCCCACUGGGCAUUCACUCUUUCAGCUCAGAGUUUCUCUUCCUUUCCAAUACAGGCUCUACAUGAACACAAAUCAUA